CAUGCUUUUCCUUCCUCCUCCAUUGUCUCAGAGCAAAGAGGCAGCGAACAAAGACACAGAGAAGUCACUCCAUGGCUGAUUGAGUACUACACGGAGAAAGAGGUGGUGCGAGUGGCCAUGAAGAUCCUGAGGGCCAGGGACAAGAAGGACCUGGCAGACAAACUACUCCAGGCGGCAAGGACAGAGGAAAAGGCUGGUGCCUCCCAGAUGCAAACUGUCCACAUUGUUGAUGAGGGCAUGACCCCGGAGAAGCCAAUGCGGGUGCGACCAUUCCAAGCUGUGCUGGAGAACCCCAGCUUCUCCUCCAUUGGACUUAUUUUGAUCUCUUCUACAUUUACAAUUAUUCCAAUCUACUCACUGGUGCAGCUGUAUUGGGCAUUCAGGGCCACAGACAGAACCCUCCACCUCUACCGGAUCCCCAAGAACCGUUCAGUAGAAAAGACAGUUGAAGAACACGAGAAGUGCCAGUCAAUUUCUUUGGACAAGCCUCCUCAGACCCAUAGAUCCCUGCACUUUGGAACUUGUCCUGGUGUGCCCAGUGUAUCGGAUGCCGUGAUAAAUCCAGCCGAUCUGAAAUUUACCUACAUAGGGCCUGAGAACUGGCAGCCCUACACCAGGGACAUGGAAGAGGGAAUGCAGAUCAGAUUAACAAAGCAAAAAUACUUCACAAGCGAAAGAGAAAGCAAACCUCUCUGGACUGCCUUUCUGAGAGCAGGGGAUGUGGAACAUCCUGCGUCAGUGUCUGAUCCUCCCACCGGCAGAAGUACAGGGAAAACAACAAGAGAUCUCCUGGUAAACACCUUGGAUGACUUGGGAGAGAGUGAGUUGAAGAACUUCAAGAGCAAACUGACCGACAUUGAUCUGAAGGAGGGAUACGACCACAUACCUAAAGGGAAACUGGAGAAUGCAAAGUCUAUAGAGGUCACUGACCUCUUGAUCGGACACUACACAAUGGAUUAUGUGAUGGAGGUGACCACAAUAGUGCUGGAAGCCAUCAAUCGGAAAGACCUGGCAAGGAGAUUAAGAAGUAUAACAAGGACUGGUGAGGAAUCAGCCUGGGCCUGGCCGUGCCUCCCUGUACCUCAAAAUGUUACCCAAAAAUACCCAUAUUCACCACUGUUAUAUAAUUAUGAUAAGUUUUGUACAAUGCAUACCUUGUGAGAUAUUUUAAGUCUUGAUUUCGUGAACAUUAAUAUCCUGUUGGAUUGUAUAUGUUCUCGUGGUAUGUGAAGUUAGUGAAGUUUUGCCAUGUGUCUGUCACUGAAAAUAUUGUGAGGUUGGGAACACCCCAACCAGCCUUUCAGGUACAACAAUGGAGAAGCCAAACAGUGGAUAACGAUUCAUCAACACCCAUCAAGGAAAGAAUCCACUAUCCCAGAAACUGUAAACAAUGGAGACUUCUCAAAGGGAUCAUGCAUAGAAUGGAGACUGCUUGAUGAAUGAGGGCUGUCUGUUCCCAAUGUCAUAGCAAAAGUUCUUUCCAGCAAGCUGGAAGAAACGAUAAAAGAUGGGAAGUGACAUGAUCACUUGGCCUUUCCCCCUUUCCUCCCAACUCAACACCUGGAGGAACGUCUGGAGGACAAAGAUGUUGAACUGGGGAAGGGCGGUCUCAGGCCGGAAAAGAGUCCCAGCCUGUGUAUUGGGGAUCUGUGACCUGUUUGUACCAUCCGUCAGGGUGAGACACUGCUUGAUUCAAAUCCUAUUUAGUGUGUAGAACUCAGAGUGCGAAUUUAUUUUUAUUUCUUAAGUAACCAACUUUGAUCUCUACACUUGCUACUGAUAAUCAUUUAAAAUCUACCCUUUUGUAGUCAAUAAACCUGUUUUAUAUUUUA